AUGACAAGCCGUUUACAAGACGUAGCCUCUGCCGCUGACCCAGUUCUGAGUGGCUGCGUCUCGCGACAAGGCCCUGCCUCCCCAUCAGGCCCUGCUCCUCGUCUAACUGACGAUAACACCGCCACCCUCUGCCUCCGUGAACUGUGGGAAAAAAAAUAGGUCGCCCUGACCCACUUUUCCUCCUCUUUUUUUUCCCUUCUUCUCUCUCCCCUCCCUAAGAUCGUGCGAGGAGUUCUGCAGAGCAUGAUCGAGGGAGACAGUACGAGAGAGAGAGAAACAAAGGAAGAGAAGAAGUUGAAAAAGACAGACUCAGAGGCUUCUCUCGGAUGAGUCUGUGUUUCAGCCAUGCAUUCCUGUGGCCUUUUGAACGCAGGCGACUCUUAUCAGAUGACCUGCUGUAUGUCGGGUGGAAAAAAAAAUCCUCCUACGCCUUUGCACAACAACGGCUGCUGAGGUGGAGUGAUGUGCUGCUUCAGAAAGACUCGACUUGA